AUGGAGGACGCAAUGGGUGCCACGUGGUCCGACGGGUCGGAGGAAGAGCUUGUGAGAGAGCUUCUGGACAAUGAGACACCAUUCUUUGUGCUACCAGAGGAGGCUCUACAAUCCCAGAUGAGUGUUUCCAAUGAAGAUAGUGUUGUUAAUCGGUUCAUCCCGACCGUCUAUUCUGGUCCAACAAUCAAAGAUAUCGAGACUGCUUUGUCUGUCACCACUGGAGCAAUUCAACCCCAAGAACUUUCACCGGCUAGGCUCUCAAUGCUGGAAAGGGGUUUGAGCAAGGUUGAGCAUAAGUACACUCUGAAGAUUAAAAGCUGUGACAAUGGAGCAAUGGCUGAUGAUGGCUAUAAAUGGAGGAAGUAUGGGCAGAAAUCCAUUAAGAAUAGCCCAAAUCCUAGGAGCUACUACAGGUGCACAAACCCAAGGUGCAGUGCUAAGAAGCAAGUUGAGAGGUCCAGUGAGGACCCAGACACACUCAUCAUCACCUAUGAAGGGCUCCACUUACACUUUGCCUACCCAUUUUUCCCAAUCAACAACCAGGCCCAGAACACCAGCCCACCUAUGAAGAAGCCCAGAAACAAAACCUCACAGCCACACGCAGAAGACCGUGAACAUGAAGCCCAAGAAAGCCCGCGCAGCAUUACCCCUGACCCUGACCCGGAUCUGCAGCCCGGCCCAUUACCCGACCCACAUGAAGAAUUUGUUGAAAAAGAGCCAAGCGCACAAGGGUUGCUUCAAGAUGUGGUGCCAUUUAUGAUUAGGAACCCUAAUCCAUCAAGUGCUUCUUCAAAUUCUUCUUGUUCCUCCUACCGGUCGUCUCCAACAUCUCCUUCUUCUCUAUCAUGGGCUAGUUCGUAUUUCGAUGUUGGUUUUAAUCAUAGCUUUGGAUGA